CCCUAAUGGAAAUGAUCAUCAUGAAGCAGGAGCUUGCUUUUAUUGAAAAGCUCACAAAUUUACUUGUCAGUAAAGUAGGAGAGGACAAGGACGAAAUUGUUUUCGAUCAAGACAUAGAAGGUCCCUCUUCAGAGAGCUUCUGUCUUAUCAAUAUUGACAGCUUUGAUGCUAAGCAAGAAAUCAAGCUCUCCCAAAACCCUAAGAUAGAUGUCUUCAAAGUUCUUGGGAGAAUCAAAAAGUGUAGGAAUCUAUUAGAUAAAAUCCCUGAGCAAUACUGAAAGAACUUUCUCACUGAUAUUGAUCAAGCAGAAAAAGAUAUUGAAGAAGUGAAAACUCAGAUAUGGGACCAGGAGGACCAAUACAAGCCUCGCUUGCCAGAGCUUAGCCAGCUUCAGAAGCCUUCCUUAAUUGAUCGACUUAAGAAGAGUAAAAUCCUUAAAGAAACUCUGAACAACACAGAGAGUGCAUUUACUUAUGAAGAAAGGCUACAACAGAUUAUCAAAUAAAGUAGAAGGCUACACAGACUCCUUAGAGGAAACCAAGGUGGAUGAAGAAUCUGACAAUAGUGACUACUAUGAUGUAGAGAACGAUCCUGAUGAUAAUCUUGGCGAUGAGAAGAAGUACUAUACUUACAAGAUCACCUUUGCGAUGCUUGAAGAGAAAUUACUCAAACCUCUUGAUGAAGAGGAAGUUGUAAUUGAACAACAAGAGCAGGAUGAUGAACCUUAUUCAAUCAAUAAUGAAGGAGGACUCAGAAAAAGAACCACUAGUAUGAAGACAGACACCUCUAGAGCAUCUUUGUCCGAGCACAAGGAGAUGUCAGAACAUAUGACGGAUCAAAUGAUGGGCUCAGCAGUCGAGAUGAAAAAGAUAGCAAGACAAUUUGGAGAAACUAUAAGGACAGAUACGGCAGUGAUAGAUGAAAUCGAGCGUAAGCAGAACAAAAACCUCUCAAAAACUAAAAAGGAUGAUGAUAAGAUGAAGAAAAUAGCAGCCAAAGAGAGCAUAGGUUUUUGUAUGCGCAUCCUGACUCUGCUGUUCUCCUUUGGGAUGUUUGUCUUCAUCUUCAUUAUCAUCAGGUUAUUCCCAUUGAAGAUUUAUCCUACUCCAUCUGUGUAA